UUGUCAGUUUAAGUUUCGCGGGUAUCGCAAGCAGAUUUGCGUACGUCACUCCCGGCUUAAUUUCGCGGGUGCCGUGAACAGAUUUGCGUCCGUCACUUCCGCCAAGUGGUUAACGUAAGUGUUCCAUUUGAUACAGCACUUAUCAGCGACGGAGUGCACUACAUAUGUCAGUGCACUGUAUUGCAGUGUACUACGUAAAGUGUCCGGUAGUAGACACAGCCUUUGUUCUGAAAAAAACAGAGCUGGUUUUCAGGUAGCUGAGCCUCCUGGCUGCUGACAUUGAGCGCUGCUGUGGGCAUAAGAGCAUAAUAAUAAUAAGAGGAUGCUGAAUGGUUUCAGUUUUUAUUUGCAUUACCAACAACAUUUUGACUCGAUAUAGUUUAACAGUUUGACAUUUUAGAAAAUACACUACUUUCUUGCCGAGAGCUUGAUAAGAAAGUGGAAAUCAGUGCUAGCUCUAGUCGGGCGUCAACGAGCUAAACAUAGCAUGAAGACGAGUAGCAGACGAUGCUUUAUGCUAAGCUUAACACAUUGCUUUCUGGCUGGAGCAUAACAUACUCGAACAUGAGACACGAAAGUGGUAUAAUUCUUCUUAAAUAAGCCGUGGCAAGAAAUUGAAAUGGGGGUAUUUCUCAAAAUGUGGAAAUAUUCCUUUAAAUAAUAAGCUGCAGUGUGUUUUUUUCUUUACCCGAUCGACCCUUUCCGCAAGCAGCAGGCGUUGAUUUGUUUCAGAUUGUCCACGUCAACCUCUCCACGGAGAACGCAGUCAUUGCAAAGUCAACCCGCCGCCCUGUGAACGGUGUCUGAAGACAGCCGGCCAAAUAAGCAGUCAGCUGCACCAGUGAGCCACUCAGUCACCCGCCACUCAAUACAGCGCCAUUCAGACAAGACUCAGAGGUUUUUGCAUGUGCAUAUGGAUCACGGCUCUGAUCAUUAUCUGAAACCUUUCAUGGGUUUACCACGAGAUCAAUAAUGAAUACGAUUCGGACAUCGCUCAGCUCGGCCCCGUCGGUAGAAGUCAGUAGAGUCCAGUGAAGGCCCGACUGCUUCAGCAGAAAUGGCUCCAGCAGCCGUGUCUGUGCAUCCAUCCUCGCCCCUCCUCCUCUUCCUCCUUUCCGCCGUCCUCCUCCUGUCAUGUCCCGCAUCGGUGCACGCGGGUUCAUCCGAGAAGAACUGCUCAGCCAGUGGAGACCCCUGUCAGGAAGGAGUGGUACUGCCCAGAUGGAACCCUCAGAACCCCUCCGUCGGCGACAAAGUGGCGCGGUCCAUUGUUUACUUCGUAGCAAUGAUCUACAUGUUCCUGGGCAUGAGCAUCGUAGCGGACCGCUUCAUGUCGUCUAUAGAGGUCAUUACCUCUCAGGAGAAGGAAAUCACUAUAAAGAGGCCGAAUGGCGAGACCACCACCGCCACGGUCAGGAUCUGGAAUGAGACCGUUUCUAAUCUCACUUUAAUGGCCUUGGGUUCUAGUGCUCCAGAGAUACUGCUGUCGGUUAUUGAGGUGUGUGGUCACGGUUUUGAGGCUGGCUCUCUGGGUCCCAACACCAUCGUGGGCAGUGCUGCCUUCAACAUGUUUGUCAUCAUCGCCCUGUGUGUGUACGUGGUUCCUGAUGGAGAGACGCGCAAAAUCAAACACCUUCGGGUGUUCUUCGUCACGGCAGCCUGGAGUAUCUUCGCCUACAUCUGGCUUUACCUGAUUCUGAGUGUCUUCUCCCCUGGAGAGGUGGAGGUGUGGGAGGCUGUGCUGACCUUCCUCUUCUUCCCGCUCUGCGUGGUCCAGGCCUGGGUGGCCGACCGGCGCCUCCUCUUCUACAAGUACGCCCGCAAGCGCUACCGCGUUGACAAGCGCCACGGCAUCAUCAUUGAGACCGAGGGAGGCGCGGACGGAGGAGUGGGUGUGACUGGGGGAGGAGCCAUGGGCUCGGGGGGGUUCACCAAGAUGGACAUGCUGGAGCAGGACGGACAGAUGGCGUUGAAAUGUCACGAUGGAGGGAUGUCGGAGGAGGGAGGAGCGAGAGACGAGGAGGACGAGGCCAGACGGGACAUGGCGAGGUCGCUGAAGGACCUGAAGCAAAGGCACCCGGAUAAAGACAUGGAGCAGCUGGUUGAGAUGGCUAAUUAUCAGUGGUUAGACAGGAAGGUGCCGGUCGGUUUGAUUGACAGCACUGUAACCUGCAACCCCUCCGAGAUCCAGGGGAUGUUUUGCCCGGUCCUGAUGCAGCAGCAGAAGAGCAGAGCGUUCUACCGUAUCCAGGCAACCAGGAUGAUGAUCGGAGCCGGCAACAUCCUCAAGAAGCAUGCUGCCGAGCAGGCUCGCAAGGUGGUGAGCAGCCAUGAGAUCCAGGCACCGGAGGACGACCCGCACACCAUCCGGAUGGAGUUCGAACCCGCUUUGUAUCAGUGCUUUGAAAACUGUGGCUCCCUGAAGCUGACCGUCGCCAGACGCGGAGGAGACUCUGGAGUGACUGUCAAGGUGGAUUAUCGCACGGAGGACGGUACAGCAAACGCAGGUUCAGAUUAUGAGUUUGCGGAGGGAACGCUGCUGUUUAAACCAGGAGAGACCUUGAAAGAGAUCACAGUCGGAGUGAUUGACGACGACAUCUUCGAGGAGGAUGAGUAUUUCUACAUCCACCUCAGCAACCCUCGACUGGUUGGCUAUCCUGAGAUUGGCACCGCCCUGCUGGAUAACAGCGUCGCCCCCAAAGCCGUGCUGGGUGACAACCACACGGCCACAGUCACCAUCUACGAUGACGAUCACGCAGGCAUCUUUACCUUUGAGACCUCCAGUCAGAAGGUGAGUGAGAGCGUGGGUGUGAUGGAGUUGAAAGUACUCCGGACUUCGGGGGCCCGAGGCCUGGUAGCCGUCCCCUACCGAACCGUGGAUGCCAGCGCCAGAGCAGGGGAGGACUACGAGCUGGCCGCUGGCAAGCUGGAAUUUCAGAAUGACGAAACUAUGAAGAUCAUCGAGGUGAAGAUAAUUGAUGAUGAGGAGUAUGAGAAGAACAAGAACUUCAUCGUCGAGCUGGGAGAGCCUGUUCUGUUGGACAUAGGGCAGAAACACGGUGACUCCAAUGAGAACAAGCCGUUGGUGGGAGCAGACGAGGAGGAAGUGGCCAAGAUGGGCUGUCCCAGUCUAGGCGAACACAACCAAGUCGAAGUCAUCAUAGAAGAGUCCUACGAGUUUAAGAGAGCAGUAAAUACUCUUCUUUGGAGGACUGAACAGAAUACAGUAGAUAAAUUGAUCAAGAAGACAAACCUGGCCUUGGUGGUGGGAAGCAGCAGCUGGAGGGAGCAGUUUGUCAAUGCUGUAACCGUCAGUGCAGGAGAUGACGACGACGAGGAGAGCGGCGAAGAGCGCCUGCCGUCCUGCUUCGACUACAUCAUGCACUUCCUCACCGUCUUCUGGAAGGUUAUGUUCGCCUUCGUCCCGCCCACGGAGUACUGGAACGGCUGGGCCUGCUUCAUCGUCUCCAUAUCGCUCAUCGGCGGCCUGACCGCGGUCACCGGCGACUUGGCGUCACACUUCGGCUGCACGAUAGGACUGAAGGACUCGGUGACAGCUGUGGUGUUCGUGGCGCUCGGAACAUCGGUGCCAGACACAUUCGCCAGCAAAGUCGCCGCCAUCCAGGACCAGUACGCCGACGCCUCCAUUGGCAAUGUCACCGGCUCCAACGCCGUCAACGUCUUCCUCGGUAUCGGCGUGGCGUGGACCAUCGCCGCCGUCUACUGGCGCUCCAAGGGCAAGGUGUUCAAGGUGGACCCGGGAAACCUGGCCUUCUCCGUCACCCUCUUCACCAUCAUGGCCGUGCUGUGCGUGUUCAUCCUGCUGUACCGGCGGCGGGCGUCGGUGGCCGGCGGCGAGCUGGGCGGGCCGCGGACAUGCAAGAUCAUAACGUCGCUGCUGUUCGUCUCCAUGUGGCUGAUUUACAUCUUGCUGGCUUCCCUGGCCGCCUACUGCCAUUUACCAAUUUAAAUGGAGAGGAGAGGGGAGGGAGAGAGACCCGCUGUCAAUAUGAAGAGAGAGAGAGAGAGAGAGGCGGAGAUGAGUAGGAGAGGUUGAUCAAUAUGGGCAGAUUUUGUUCUAAACUAUUUCUCAGUGUUUCAGAUUAGAUUUGUUCUUUCCCUUUAUUUCUUUUCUGAAAAGAUAUCACAAAACUCUCAAACUAUUUCCAAGAAUGUUUUGCAUUACCAGCUCUGCAUUCAGUGAUGAAAAACUUCUCGAAUGCAUAAACCCUCGAAAUCGAGAUUAUUUAACGGAAAGAAUUAAUGAGAAAAAUGUUUUAAUGAGCGCUUUUAUGCUGUCACCUCAAUCAUCCAGAUGAUCGUUGGUGGACAACGCUGUUUAAUAGUGUAUAAAAGGCUGAUGAAGGAGAAAAGGUGAGGAGGCAGGCUGGAGGCAACACAACUAGAGAGAGGUCGGGAUGAAAUCCUUGAAGCGACUCGAGAAAUCAUAAAAUAAAAAGAACAGAUGGCGAAAGAUUCUACACCUCCUCUUCACGCUCUCUCUCUCUUCCAUCUUUACGAUCUCGUCACGGGAUUGUUGGAUCCUCCCAUUACACCCACUGAACUCUAUCUUAUACGACCAAUGACUUAUUACUUUUAAGCCCUCUUCCCUCCCAACUGUCCACACUAAGACACACACACACACACUCACUUUCGGGCCCUCAGGUGAAUCUGCUGUGGAGGAUCACUCACUACCUUGAAGAUAAAAACUGACAAUUGGUCUUUUUUCCUUCUCUUCUUGAAUACACUGUGCGAAGUAGUCGUUCCACCCGACCACACGCACACGCACACUCACACACACACUCGCAUACUGUACUCUCCCUUUCCUACAAACUCUACAGACUGUAAACACUCCUCCGCCCCUCCCUCUUGCCUUACGCUUAUCUCCCCUGUAGGAAUUGUCUUGAAGCUGUGAUUAUGAAAUGCUGUAGUCACCACCAACCAACCCUCUUUUUAAUUGAGCUAAUCCCAAGUCCCUCUCCUUUUAUGCCAAUCAACAGCCUCAUUUGUCCUACAAAGAACCCAACCGACCCUUUUCCCCCCCUAAACUUCCGUGGCGUCAAGUGUUGAUGUUGUUACCGUGCAAUUGUAAAAAAUAUAAAAAGACAGAACUAUACUGUAGUUAUGGAGAGCCGGAGAUAAAGAACGUUAAAGCGGACGGUUUCUAAGACGGAGGAUCAAGAUGUUGGGAAAGAAGCCUGAACGAAGUGGGAUGAUGGAGCAAAAUAACUUUGUGAUAGGCGUAGAGUACAAAGUCGGGUGAACCAACUAGCAAGCAGUCCAACGAGUAAUAGUUGUCUUUCUUGCGAUGAAGAAGGGUUGUGCACUACACUUUGUGAAGUACCCUGUUUACAGUCUAACGUUGCAUUACAUGGGGAGGAAACAAGUCGAGAAACGGAGGAACGUCAAGAGACAUCACGAUACCAUUGGGAUGAACCAGAAGGAAGGAUCUCACUGUCCUUGACGACGACAAAGAAGAUGAUGGCGACCGCAGUGUUGAUGACAAACUAUGACCAUAUCCAGUGUUUCUAAUUGUUCAUGAUAAUAUAAGAGACUUUUAUUGAUGUGUGUGAGAAAACGCUGAUAUUUAAUUCACGUGAAGUCCCCCUCUUUGUCAGGAAAAGCCCAGAAGAUGAAAAGGAAAAAUCCAUGGGACCUUUCUCUUGUAGAAAACAGUUCAAGAAGACAUUUAAAGCAAAAUCCAUCACGAGGGAAAAGUCUAGGAUGGUGAACAUGAAACCAGAGUUUCACAGAAAUAUCGCAUGACUGUUAAUGUUGGGACGUUCCUUUGUAUCACAAGUCCUCUGUUAUCCAAAGAUCUAUCAGAAGAACACUGAACACCAACAUUCAUUUUCCAGGGUGCAGUUUUACCUCGCAGGCACUCGAAGUCCCAUAAGCUGCUUAUUGUAGUAAAAAAAACAAUCUAAAUUCAUAAAGGUGGAUAAUUAAUCCUUAUUGUGCUGAAGCAUUGGUAUUUUUCAUGAGUGUCAAACGCUUUGCAAAUUAUUUUGUUUUUGUGCAUUGGGUGUGUGAAUGUGAAAGUAAUUUACCAUAAUUGGUUAUUGUUUGUUCACAUUACAUCAAUGUGGAUACCCCUCCCUGGCCCAGGGGCUGGACAGAAGCUAGACAGAAGGGAUAAAUGCAGAAAAAUAUUAAACAAUUAUUGCACAAAGACUAUGAUAGAAAAAACAAAACUGCAAACAUUUUCUCAACUGCCCACAAAGCUCGUUGCAAACCUGAAAACUAUAAUUUAGCUAUUUGCUAUACCCUUAAUAACUGAAAGAAAAAUGGGAUCGAAAAUAACAAUUUACCUGCCCAUCCGCCUCAUUAAAUAUGGACACAUGGCGAUGCUCUAGAAGCUCAAACGCAACUCACGCUUGACCGCAGCCCUUGAAAGAAAUAUUCUAAUCUUUAAUUCUAGAAAAUCUGCGAAAGUAGUCGUGAAAAAAAUACUGAUUCCUGUUGAACUGCAUGAUGCUCUUUCUCCACUUCAAAGGAAUAUUACUUUUGAACAUUGCGAUCUAAAGAUUUGUCACAAGUUUCCUGAUCAUAGAGGAGCUGCUCUGGGUCUUACUGUCCUGAGGUCACGGGUCACCUAAAGCACGCCCCAAAAAUACAAUUACAAAAUUGUUGUUAGGGUUUUGUUUAAUUACUGUCUUCAUUAUUAGGUUAGCUGUUCAAUUAUAUUUCCAGGCAAUUUUAUUUCCCCACAUGCAGAUCUACAUCCAAAUUGCUGAAUCAUUGGUUUCUUCUUUAUUGGCCUGAAGGGUUUCAUCUUCAGCCGCUUUGAACCACGGUCAUUAUCUUAGUUGAGGAGCACGCUCGCGUCUGAUGAUCAGCUCUCCAUCUGAGGCCGAUGGGAAUGAAUUGUAGGUAUUUGGUCGUAAAACAAAGUGUUGGACGAAUGUUCGAUUAAAACGACGAUAGCACAGAGUGACAACAGUUGAUCAUAAGUGCAACACGGAUGCCUGAACCGAAUUGAAAUCGAAUCCAUUAAAAUGUCAAUCGUGGGACGUUAUCUUCCCACGCAAAACAAAAGUUCCCUUAAAAGAAAAAAAGAGAAAAGCUGUGAGCGCAGCGUCCUCGGUCGUCGUGGGCGUGCGGCCCCCGGGGCCAGAGCCGGUCGUCAGUAGGAGGGACGUGUCAUCUGCCAGUCGGCUGCUCUGACAUGACCGGCUUGCCGCCUCCUGGCCUCCGACGAGCCGGGACGUCGGCGGUGACAAACGAUGUUAGUCAAUGACUCGAGCUUCCGUAACACUUUCCGUUUAGGAACGAGUGGGUUAAACGAGCUGCCGACGCCACGGGAAGAAUACUGGGACGGAUUUAGAAAUGUCUGCUUUUUAACAGUUGAUAAAACCUCGCUGGAGGACAAACCAGUGUGUGUGUGUGUGUGUGUGCACAUGCUUUUUAAGUGAGUGAAGAAAUACAACCAUAUUUUUAGUCUCUUGCCUGUUGCUUAGCGACCAUCUAUCUGCAAGCCGUUGUCUUCUUGACGUGUGUGUGUGUGUGUGUGUGUGUGUGUGUGUGUCAUUCUCUUCAUGUUUCUCAUUUUAUCUGCUUGCCCUCCUUCGAGUUAAUUUGAUAAUUCUCAUUCACUUAUUUUCUCUCUCUUUCUCUCUUCCUCUGUGGGCACAUUUCAACAUAAUAUAAUAUGUUCAUCCUUUUCUCACGUGCUUCUUUUACUUUUGGGUUCCUUGUGUGCCUCCCCUUGUUUGCAUGUGUAUCCGUUGUGUUUCAGUCUCCAUGUGUAUUUGUGCCUUUGUGUGAGUGUGUUUGUUUUUGGUCGUGUUGUAAUCACCUCAGAGGGCUUGGCCUGUGUGUCCCUGGCUGAGUCCCAUGUGUCAGAUUAAUGAAUUAGAAAUCAGCGAGACCCGCAGGAAAAAAUGCCUGGAAAUUGUGUGUGUGUGUGUGUGUGACAGUAAGAGAGAGGCAGGGAGAUUGUACCUGGUACAGUAUGUGAGUAACUUUCACUCAUAUUUUAUACACACAUACAUGCAAAAACACAGAAGAUCAAUGUGGGAAUAUAUCAAGCAAUGCACACACACACACACACACUGCUGGCAGUACAUGCUUACUCUUUUUUAAAUCUCUACAGACUAUUGAAAUAUUCCUAUUGAUGUUAAACUCCACAAACUUGGUUGGAAAAGGACCGUGGAGGCCUGAGAUGAGAACUGAAAUGUGGUUGGCUUGCUGUGCAUGUGUGUAUAUUAACAGACAUCGCUAUACGUAUCGAAGUUUGAGAUAUGAACAUUAUUUGUAAAAAAAUAUAAAUACCUGUGUUCUGAUAAACUUUGAUCACUUUGUAAUGACCCCAUAGGUAUCUUAUUGACACUAAUAUCUACUCAGCUCAAGCAAUUUAUUUAUGUAGAUGUAGUAGCCACAUAAGUCCUCCAAUUUAAAUAUAUCGAGUCAAAUAGUACGAACCAUGUGUAUACUUUUAAUUGUUGAAUGUCACCCCUCCCAAUUAGCUUGAAACGAUACCAGGAGCAUGACCUCAGUGUCCGUGUGGAGGACUCUGAACUUUCAGCUGCAGUUUCCACACGAUGACGAGUUUACUUCUGCAAUGCUGUCGUCAGCCUUGUGAAACAUUGCAUCUAAAUUAAGAUAUAAUGUGAAGGAUUUAGUUUUUUUUAAUGCCCAUGCUUGUAAAGAACUCAUAUUUCCAUCAACAUUACGUGUGCUUUGCCACAGUUCACAUAUGGAAACGUCCCCAGUGUGUGUGUCUCUGUGUGUGUGUAUGUAGAGAUCGUUUAUUUAUCAGGUACUAUUUAUCACUAUUUUAUUUUUAUUUUCUACCUGUCUUUUCUCCCUUUCUCUUUAUUAUUUUUAUUAACAUACCAUGCAGCCCUAUUUAUGAGGUCACAAAGUGCUUUUGAUAUAAUUAUGUGGUGUUUAAAUGUCUUCUUUUAUUUUGGAAUUGCUUUAUUAAUGUACAACGUUCAAUUUGUCUCCAUUAAUUUGUGUUUUGGUGAUUUGUUUUGUAACAAAAGAAAUGCCCUCAGAGUAUAAAAGCAAAUUAGCAUAUUAACAAUUUACAAUGACUGCUCUAAUGCCUUUUUUACAUGUGUGCGUGUGUUUGCGCACGCGUGUGUGUGCGAGUGUGUGUGGAUGGGUGCAUUCCUUUCUAUGAUUCCACCCAUGAGUGUGUCGAUGCAUGAAUUAAACUCAUUCUGAAUACAG